AUGUCGGGCCCGGUAAUCCUACCUCAAGAGCUCUGCGGGAUCAUUUGUCAGGACCCAGCUCUCGACAACGCUGAUUUGCACAAUCUUUGUUUCGUUUCCCAUAACUUCCGCGCUGAGGCUGAGCGGCUGCUCUACACCUCUGUUCGCCUCCGGGACACGCGCCGUAUCAAGUCUUACUGCCUUUCUGUCGCCCGAAGACCAUAUCUCGCUCUUCGGACCAAGUCGCUCACUUUGCGGCUUCCUCCCCAGCUCAAUCUUGAAGCUGACGACCUCGCGCGGAUCGUGACCGCCCUACGCCUCUCUGUGAACCUCAAAGAGCUCAACGUCCUGAAAGACUUCUAUCACGGCCCAAUUGGAAAGUACGGAGAUGCAGUCCAAUGGUGGAUCCUUGAUGGACACAAAUUCAAAUUGCGCAAGUUCACCAACUCGUACUUCCAGCCACAGAUGUUGGUUGGGUUCCUCAAGUCGCAGCCGGGUAUCACGACGCUCGUGCUCAAGUGCAAGGACCUGGCGGAGAUCUGUGAUGCGCCGUUGCCGCUGCUGACCACGCUGGACUGCUCCGCUGGAGUGGUGCAGGAGUUCAGCAUGCCGAGUUGGCACCCGAGGAAGAUCAAGAGGCUUCAGUUCCAUUUGGAGGAUUCUACGGAUGUGGAGGAGUUGGCCACAUUUGUGGCGUUGACGCAGUUUAGUUCGUCGUUGAAGAGCUUGAGCAUUAGGCGCAGGAGUAGCAGACAUGGGCUCGACCUCGCCGUGCUCACGGCCUGUGUUGCAUCGCAACUACCUGAUAUCAAGUAUCUCCGGAUCGUGGAUAAUUCCACAAGACAGUUGGAGACAUACCAUGUACCGUUUUUACCCUUUCCAAUCCGUCUCAACAAGAUUGAGACGCUCAUUCUUCGCACGCCAACUCGCGCAUGCGAUACCACAGGCAGAGACCUGAAAAUUAGCGCAUAUCUCGAGCUCCGCACUCCCCUAGGGAGGAUGUCUGCCGCCCGCAGAAUAUUUACUGCCUUGUCGACACUGAAGCGGCUGGUGCUGGUAGAAAAGGUCGGAUAUGAAUUUACUCGGAAUCCCGAGACGGGCGCGAUUACCUUGCAGGAACUAGGGCAUUUGCCAGAGGAUGACUGGAUGCACUCGACUAACAAGGUCUGA